UUCUCCCCCUCCCCUCGUUGGCACCUCUCUCCUGCCUCAUUCCCUUCUCAGGCAUUUUCACAAACACCUCCUCAAAGAAACGUCUCUUUUUCGUCGACAUGGCCAGACCGCAACAGCGAUUCAGAGGUGUUCGGCAGAGGCACUGGGGCUCUUGGGUCUCCGAAAUUCGGCACCCUAUAUUGAAGACAAGAAUUUGGCUAGGGACAUUCGAAACGGCCGAAGACGCGGCACGAGCCUAUGACGAAGCAGCAAGGCUUAUGUGCGGCCCAAGGGCUAGAACCAACUUCCCUUACAACCCAAAUGCGCCCCAGUCAUCUUCCUCGAAGCUUCUCUCGGCGACUUUGACGGCUAAACUACAUAAGUGCUACAUGACCUCGCUCCAAAUGACGAAGCCAUUAGCGCAAGAGCCUCUAAAGGCAGCAUCACCACAUGUCAUAGCCACCAAUGGAAAACCCAUAGAAAUGGGUAUGCGGUUGCCUGAAAAGAGACACGUGGCCGAGCUAGAACAAGAGCCGAAUUUGGUUUCGAAGAAAUUCAAGGUGGAAAGUAGUCAGCAGGUGCAGUUCAGGCCUCUCGAGGACGAUCACAUAGAGCAAAUGAUAGAGGAACUUCUUGACUAUGGCUCUAUUGAGCUUUGCUCUGUUGUACCAACUCAGGCUCUUUGAUGUUAGCCACCAAAUAUCUUCUUUACCAAAUAUCUUGUCUGCUAAUGUCACUAAUUGACCUAAUUUAACCUAUUCUUAUCAACCUGUCUCAGUGUCUUGGACCCAAUAGUUCCUAUCCUGUUCAUAGUGUUCUGCAGGUGAUCCAUCUGAAUGGCUUCACAUUCAGAAUUAAACAUAUAUGUUUUGAACUCAUGAUUAUGUUGUGAUAUAUUAAGGUUCCGCUUUAGUUUCGAUUUGCAUUGUACUCUAGAACCUAGGUGCAUGCAAGAUUUACACUUUUUAUUCAUACAUCUUUUUAUAGUGUGUUCUGAA